AUGGAGAAGCUACUGACCUUCAUUCUACUGGGACUGGUGUUUGUGAGUAGAGCAGAAUCAAGAGAUUACAAAUCUUUCAAGGAGCAAAUCCCAUAUUCAGCGAUAAACUGUCGCAAACACAUUGCAUAUUUGACGGAUUUUGGAGGCAAAGGCGAUGGAGUCGCAUCUAACACAGCCGCGUUUAAGGCAGCUGUUGCUAACCUGAGCAAGGUUGCAUCCGAUGGCGGGGCGCUGCUCGUUGUCCCGCCCGGGAAAUGGCUGACCGGAUCGUUCGGUCUGGCUAGCCAUUUCACUUUGUAUAUACACCAAAAGGCUGUUAUUCUUGCUUCGCAGGAAGAAUCGGAUUAUCCUCUGAUCGAUCCAUUGCCGUCAUAUGGAAGUGGAAGAGAAGCUCCAGGGAAAAGGUUUUCCAGUCUCAUUGUUGGCACCAAUCUAACCGAUGUCGUAGUAACAGGAGGGAAUGGAACGAUAGAUGGGCAGGGCGAAAUCUGGUGGAAGAAAUUCAAAGCAAAGAAGCUGAAACACACUCGCCCAUACUUGAUCGAAAUCCUUCACUCCACAAACCUCCAAAUCUCCGACCUCACUCUCACCAACUCCCCUUCCUGGCACAUCCACCCCACCUACUGCUCCAACGUCAUCCUGGAGCGCCUCACCAUCCUCGCCCCCGUCGACGUCCCCAACACCGACGGCAUCAACCCCGACUCCUGCACCGACACCCGCAUCCGCGACUCCUACGUCGUCUCCGGCGACGACUGCAUCGCCGUCAAGAGCGGCUGGGACCACUACGGCAUCAGCUACGCCAAGCCCACCCAGCGCCUCUCCAUCCGCGCCUUCACCUGCAUCUCCCCCAAGAGCGCCCUCAUCGCCCUCGGCAGCGAGAUGUCCGGCGGCAUCAGCGACGUCCGCGCCGAGGGCCUCCGCGCCCUCAACUCCGAGUCCGGGAUCCGGAUCAAGACGGGAGUCGGGAGGGGCGGAUAUGUCAAGGACAUCUACAUCAGGGACGCGGAGAUGGACACGAUGAAGUAUGUCUUCUGGAUGAACGGGGACUACGGGGGCCACCCGGACCCCGGGUUCGACCCCAAGGCGCUUCCCGAGAUCACUAACAUCAAUUACAGAGACAUGGUGGCGAAGAAUGUGAAGAUUGUUGGGGCUCUGUCUGGGAUAAAAGGGGAUGCUUUUACUAAUAUUUGUAUAUCGAAUGUGACGGCCGCGUUGGAGAAUAAGGAGAAGAAGAAGGAGAAGAAGGGAGGGUUUUUGUUUGGGGAGGAGAAGGGGAAGAAGCUGCCGUGGAAUUGCACGGAUGUUGGAGGGGUGUCGAGUAAGGUGACGCCGAAAGCAGGUCCGGAGUUGGUGGAGAAGGAAGUGGACUGCGCCUUCCCAACUGAUACUUUGGCUAUUGACAAAGUAAAGCUCAAUCAAUGCUUUGUUAAUGUUUAA